UAUCCUCUCCUCUCCUCCCCUCCUCCCCUCCCCGCCUGUCUCUUCUCUCUUCCCCUCUCGUCUCCUCUCUUCUGCACAUGCCAUUCAAGAACAGCUGUCUAUGCUCUACAAAAACUCACACGGACACACCAUCUACAGAGUUUGGGCUGAAAUCACAGGCCAGGACCAUUUACAAUCUUUAUUCAGGUCUAUAGCUGGGAGCCUGGGACAGACGAACCAGCCAUGUGAGAAACACAAGGUUUACUCAGGGUCAGAGAGGAGUGGUGAGACCCACAGAGAUCCUAUUCAAUUAAGUUAGAUGUAAUUCUUUGGUGCAAUUCUAUGGUGAGACCUGUCGAUCUGAGAGCAGUGAUCUCUGUGAUGUCACCAGCAGGUGGAAGCAGAUCACUCAUUGACAUCUUCCACUGAGUUCCUCACUAGCCAAAGGACCAAAGACAGCUAAGGGACAUGUUCCAAACCAAACCCUGGCCCCUUCACACAGGUUGUUAUUAUAGAUCUAAGAGGAGUGGGUGUGUGGAAAAGCAAUGUAUUCCUGAUUCCUAUUCAAAAUCUUUUGAUGUGGAAUUGGGAAGAGAAUAUCCUAGUCAGGUGAAUGCAGUCAGUCAGUGUGGUUCAGUUCCUUGGUUCCACUGGUUUAUUCAGUGAAGUUUGAAUAUAGUUAUAUAAGUACAUAAUAAUGUUGACAUCCCUCUGUUACAGAAUUUAUGGGAGUCUUUUAUACUGCAGUCUAACCUGCCUCUUUCUUUUUUCUCCCUUUGUUGGGGUCAUGUCAGAACCUGCCAAGUUUACUGGAAAACUAUGCCAAAUGUUCUACUAUAGGUUAGUACACUCGAUGGACUACACUCGAUGGACUACACUCGAUGGAUAGACUACACUCGAUGGAUGGACUACACUCAAUGGAUACACUACACUCGAUGGAUAGACUACACUCGAUGGAUAGACUACACUCAAUGGAUAGACUACACUGGAUGGAUAGACUACACUCGAUGGAUACACUACACUCACUGGGUUAAAAUGACAAUCAACAUACAAUGAAAGAUAGUCUAUGACACAAUGCUGAAUAUUUACAUUCACUUAUCUGAAGAUACUUACAAUUACAUUUCACUGAAACUCGAGGCCAAGUCUUGAGGUUUUAUGCUUGGUAUCUGUAGACCACGUUGUGACAACUGCUGAUGUAAAACGGGAUUUAUAAAAUUAAAUACAUGUGAUUGAUUGAAUGAAUCUUCAAGUGGCAGCUACACUCAUCAUACCUCUCCACUUCGAGCCGCGUGUAUGAGUUCCAUGGGCGUGUGCACGCAGAGUCCUAUCCCUCCUCUCCCUUUAUAUACAGUACCGUUAAAACUUUCCUCCAAUCAGUGUAGCUCUAAUAACCAAGUGGAGUUUGUCCCGUACCUUUUGUUCACUUUCACUCGGGUUUGGUUUGGCACAGUAUGAGGUGUUGGUCCUAGUGAUUCGGUAUUGUCUUUAUGCAAACAGUUCCUUUCACCGACAGCAUGCCUAUUGUCACAGUCAUGGUUUAUAUGGAGGCAGCGGUGGAUGUGAGGAUUACAUCAGUUUGAGGAGCGCUGAUCCAGGCUGUGUUUCUCUCUGAGCCCCUGACAGCGCCGUCUCAGCCAUGAGUUGUCUGGAUGUGAUGUUUUACCAGAGUUAUGGAGCUCACUAUCUCCCUGCGUCUUCAGCAGCAGCGGCAGCAGCCUACAAAGCGGCAUACUACCAUCAUCAACAGCACCAGCAGCAGAAGAAGCUGGGUGUGUACAGCAGGAUGCAGCAGGACAGCGAAGAGCAUCAGUGUCCAGGGGGAAGACAGGCUGGGGAGCAUUGGGUCCAACGGGGCCUGGAGGGUUCUGGGCUGAGGGGCUGUGGGGGUACUGGGAAGGACAGCCAGCCUGCUGAGGCAGAGUACCUGAGCUCCAGGUGUGUUCUGUUCACCUAUUUCCAUGGUGACAUUGGGGAUGUGGUGGAUGAACAUUUCUCUAGGGCUCUGAACCAAACCAGUGCCUUCACUGGAGAGAUGAAGACGUCUAGGACCACCCCCAUGCACACCUCUGCCUCGGUUGGACUGUGGAAAGACAGUGUAUCUCUCUCGGAGGCCCAGUGUGGUUCCCUGUCCUCCCCACUGUGGGGUGGAGGUUACCCGUCCCAGACCAGCCCCUGUCUUUCCGUCCACCCAGACUUCUCCCCCAGCCCAGCAGCCUUCCAUGCCCCAGAUAGUGCGCUGUGGACGGGCCACGUUCUGCCCCAGCCCAGCCUCCCUCCUACAGCUUCUCUCCCAGACCCCUGGGCCUACAGCCGCAACCCUCAGAACUCCGCCAGCUACACACAUGCCCACAAUGUCUACACACACACACACCCUCACACACACAUGCACCCCCACCACACCCACCCGGUCAUACAUCCCCACCCGUCCCAUGACCCAGGCCUAGACCCCAGGUUCAGCCCUCUGCUCCUGCCUGGUGUGAAGACUCAGAGCCCCCUAGCCCACAGCCCUGCUGGACAUAGCACACACAGUAACACACACAGUAACACACACAGCAGCCAGAGCCCAGGGAUACACAGUGGUGUGAAGAUAGAGGUGGAGCAGGCCAGCCCCAACCCCCCCACCCUGACCCCCUCAGCCUGGCCCGCAGCUCUACACACACCCUUGGAUACCUACGACUCAGGUCUGGAUCAGGACAAAGUCAAUACUGUUUGGUUCUGAGAGAGAGGAUAUGACAUCACUGUGACAUCACCCUGGAACUGAGCUGUGACCAGCUCUAACAGUACCCCCUGGAACCAUAACACAUUUCCUGUGUACUCACUCUCAAGUAGAAGACUCUCCGCUCACUAGAAAAAGUCCAGGGUGGGUUUACAGAUGUAGGAUCUUAAUUUGAUCAUUCUUUUACUGAUGAGAAUUUUACUGCAAAGCAGGAAAUGCAAACUUGUAGAGUAUUUCAGUUUUAAAAAGGCUUCUAAAGUUUGUAAUUUCCACUUUGAAGUUUUAGACUUAAUUUUCCCUAAUGAAUGAAAUGUAUAAAUCCCUACAAAAAUGUACAUUUAUUAUAAUCCACAUAAUAAUUCACAUUUCCUGUUGCUGCAGGAUUAUUUUUACUGCUGUAGCAAACUUUCUCAAAUUAAGAUCCUACAUCUGUAGGUCUCUUAGAAAGCACUCUGGAGAAGCCUAGACCACUCUCCAUGCCUCACACCACUCACCAGGGAUACUUCUGAUCACUUCUUGGCCAAAUAUUUUUCAAAUUUGUACCAAAAGUAUUAGCUGGCUGUUUCGGACCUAAUAUACCACAUGAUCGUUCUGUUUAAAGAACUUAGUUUGUGGGAACACUGCUCAGCCAAGCCUCUUUCUGAUAUUUUUUUUACUUUGUGCUAUGUGUGUAACUAUGUGUGUAAUUGACUGUAAUAUAUUUUGUAUAUAGUACUUUGAUUUGAUGUGAUUGUCAUUUCCUUAAAGUGUUUGAUUGUUGCUAAUUGUUUUUCACCAACCCUGUGUUGUCAUGUUGCCUAGUGUUCUAUAUGUGCGGAGAAAUCAUGUAAUUACUGAUGUGUAAUAAAUUGCUAAGUUCUAUUGGCAAACAUUUCCUCAUCUUUAAGAACGGAC